CAUGGACGUCCCUUUCACCGCCACUUACCAACCGUCUGUCAGUUCUCCCGAGCCGUUAUGUUUGCAGACAAGCCGGAACGGUAUGCUGAACAGAAUUUCACUGCCGUAUAUGGCUGGCGUGAACGGGCAUUUCUUGCCGACAAUGCUAAGGCCGAUACGAAUGGCAAACGUGGCGACCGAAUACAGAGAGAAUCCGUCACGCUGGUGUUAAAAGCCCGACGCAUGAGAAACAUCCUGGCGUACGACGAGGAGGACGAAUCAACGAUUCAGGCUUCCGAGGAAGUUGACACAUGGGAGAGGGAGGAAUUGCAAAUGUUUUUUCUCAUACGAUCAUGGCGGACAAUCCGUUUCCGAACAGGCCGGAGCGCUGACAAUCUGUUCAGAUCGCCUUGGCAACCACUGGACUGCUUCCUUGACUCCCAGCUCCGAUGGAGGGGAGCUGAUACAACCGGCACUGUUUGCCGACUGGCACCGUGCGAAUCAAUAAUCCUCCGAUGCCAGCCGAUUGUCCUUUACGCAGAUCGACCACGUGAGCGAAUAACACAGAUAUUGGCAAGCAUCACUGUAUAUGAUGUACAAAGAACCAGAAUAUAUUUAGCGGCUGACAUAGUUGUGUGGCAAAGGGUUGCUGAGAACCGUGAGUAGAGGGAGUGAUGCGAGUGAAAUCACAGCGUGAAGCAAGCUUCACUCCAGCAAUGAUUCCGGCCAUCCCAGCGCGUCGGAGACGUUGUUCGCAGAGUCGCUUUGGCAAUGCAGUCGCGUAAAGGUGUGGGGAAGUCUGCCAAGGCCUGUCAGUCUGAUUCGAAAGGCACCACAUGUGCAACUUCAUUAUCCGUGUACUAGAACCUGGCUGGUGUCAACGGAUUUUUUGCAGGAAACGCAGCUGUGCUGUUGGAUAAGAUUGGUAGAGUGGUCAACCUGCUACUUCGAGCAGAUAUAUUAUUUCUCUUCCUCGCCCCCGGCAUGACGGUGGGAGGGCACGCACUGGCAGAAAGAUCAGAAAGAAUCGAAGCUUUAUGGCAAGUAUUGGACAGAGGCUUCACCGAAUACAACCCGCUGAUAUGCCACACGUUCAACAGGUUAACAUGGGGGGCACAGGAGAAGUGGUUCGACGCGGCGCGCUUGCAGAAUAUCCUCAGAUCAGCACGCCAUAUAACAAGAGACUGGCGCGCUGGGCUGGGCCUGUUCUGUGGAGGAGUGGCAUUUCGGUUAGGCUUGUGGGCUAGCUUGACCUGGCGCCCCUUGAUCCUCGCCUUGGUGGGGAUCAAGAUGGCAAAGUGGAUCCUCUCAUUUUAUCAACUUCUUUCUGCCGACAACGGUCUCCGAAGGAUGCGUAGCGCACAAAACAAGGUCAGGAACCGAUCAUUUUCUGCCAACUCCGAACGGAGGGAUCGAGUGCUGCCUAGGAAGUUGGUGGACGCGGUGGCCGUGGGAAGAGUACACCCGGAGUCGCGUGUGGUAAACGAAGAACCCAGGAGAAUACAUCGUGCCCAAGAGAAUGUUGCCACUCUGCAUGGUGAGCGACUACAGGGUUGUCGAAUCCCUAUAACCUUAUACUGCGUGGGGCUGGAGGCAGCAUUCCAAAACAAGGUUUUGGCAGAGUCGAGUCAUUCUAAGUCUCUAUUUGAAGAAGACCAGAAAAAACGUUCCAUGAGGCCUCACGGCGAGCGCACCCAAUCGAGUGAUCCCCCUCCAGUUUCUUAUCUCUUGGUAGGAGCGGAGCACAACACACCGAAAGACGACGUCGACGAUUGGGCCGUGCAAGGCACUGUCUACGUAGGUAGGCAUCCCGGCGCAGGCCCUUUGGCUCCGCUUGAGGAAGAUGAAAGUCGGGCCGUUUUGCCUCAUCACGCAUCAGGAAAAGGCAGUGGACGAGGAAAACCACUUGGUGAUGAACGGCCGGCAUGGGAAGACGAGGACAACAGUGUCGGUGAAAAAACGGAUAGGGGACAGACCGGUCGAGAUCGCAGGCAGGAAACAUGGCAUGCACUGCUACCCCGUCGUGCCCUGCGAGUCGUCAAAAACGAGACAGGCGGCGCCAGCUGUGUAGACGAUUCGGCCUUUACGGUCACCAUUGUGGAAAGCGUGUCUGACGAUGGCAUGGGUGUCAACAUGGAUUUGUCUUCACCGUCACUGGAGUUUGCCCACUCCAGCGAAGGACAGUCGAUCAGUCUGCAAGGGCGAGCACAGAAUGAGGACUUGGCAACGUCCGUUCGCGUUCCCAUCAGGACAAAUGCUGCGAGAUCACUCGUGACCAAGGCGUCUCCUUUGACAGGAUUCGGAGCCGAUAUGAAGGAACAAUCGGUUGCUGAGCAAAGAGCUGCCGUUGGAGACCUUGUCGUACUGUUGUGUCUACGUAAAAAAGAUGAGAUUAUUGCUGUGACCGCCGAUCACGCAACCAUGCUGUCAGCAGAGAAGGAAAGGAUCUGGAACGAGAAUGUGGUGGUGCAGAAGGCGUGGGGAUCGCCGUAUGAUUCAUCGGAUACCGGCUUUCUGCUUCAUACUUUGAUCACGGUAUCGCCUUCUGGUGAAGCGAGCAACUGCAUGAAAGCCAAUGCUGUUCGACGAGAAACAACAGAUUGCGAACCUCUGCACGAGCCCACACUGUACUUUAUGAAUCUAAAAAGCAUUCAGGUGAAGCAUGCCGUUCCUUUCGGCCUCGCGCUAGCAGCUCUUCUAAAAGGGAGCAAAUGCACGAUUUCGCAGGAAGAUGAGAAGUCCGCCGCGAAGCCAAAGCCCAAGCGUAUCGUACUGACAUGCAUGCAGGUCCAAGGUACCUCCCCUGUGAGACGCAGCAGACUAGAGAAGCUUCCCGAGAACCUCGGUCGGGCGCUCAGGGGAGUGGCUGCCGGGGCUCUCGUUGCUCUGCUUGUGGGCAUAGGAAUGGCUGCUACUGGUUACUCCAUCGCCCGAACACCACUGUUACCACCUCUGCCUCCCGGGAGACCAAUUGAGCUGCGCAAGAGUCGUGGGGCAGUCAGACAUGGUUUGGGUUCCCUCUCACGAAUGUAUGCCAGUUGGCGGGAAACGACUAGACAGUGGUACCAGAUAUAUCAGGGAUGGACAAAUCUCCGCCAGGCAAUUUUUACAGCUGUGCAGCCAGCGACUCAGCGAGUGGGCGGAGGAUACGCUUUGGGGGCUUUCGGAGGGAAGAUCGUGGCAUAUUCAGCAGUUGUAGCUUUUGUCACACUUUUGGGCAUGAUUGGUAAUGCAGCGUUGAUCUCGUGGGCACGGCGCUUUGAUUCCUGGCAGACUCUGCAGAUGAGGAAAAAAGUACUAAUGGCGCGACAGAAACUGCGAAGUCCGACAUUGUUAGCUCGAAAAGCGGAAGCGGAGGAUGCCGCGCUAAUCAUUGUCUAUUGCCUGGGGCUGGAAACAGAAUUGCGGAAGCGUCUAUCGAUUCCUGUUAAGAAGACGUAACGCCAAACCUAGCAGCGAAGGUCAUGUUAUGCAACCAGUGCUAAUAUACCACCGUUCAUAAGAGUCGAAACUUCCGUGGUUCUCACCAAGCGUGCUGCAGAUCCCGCUUUGGCUUAUCACUAUUCGUAAAGGUCCUGAGCACCUCACUGGUUGUUAACAGCAGGGUGGGUUACUUUGUGAAAUGCAACCACGAACAACGACUAUGUGCGCCGUGUGGUUCGCAACUUGUCGCAGCUGGCUCUUUGUUAUUUUGGAUGGCAGUCGAAGCUGUUUCACGCUUUGGGGUGGUCGACAGAAAGAGCCCCAGAUGAGCUUGUGUCGGUACCCAGGCACACCUGACUUUCCUCUUAAGUGGAGCCUCAUGCCCGGUUCAGGCGGCUGCCGCCUGUCACCAAUCUGAAUGUUGCAGUCAACACGCGUGCUGCAUCAUCUGAACCCC